AGGGCCUGCAGGAGGACGGGACUGUAGUUACUACAUCGACUCUUAACGGUCGUGCAGAGUAACGAACUUCACCGGCGCGUGACCCAACCAACCAAUCAGGCUUUGCUUUCUUUCUUCGAGCUGAUUAUUUUUUUAACGUGCCAAAAUGCGUGAGUGUAUCUCCAUCCACGUUGGUCAGGCUGGUGUUCAGAUUGGAAAUGCUUGCUGGGAGCUGUACUGUCUCGAGCACGGUAUUCAGCCUGAUGGCCAGAUGCCGAGUGACAAGACCAUCGGUGGAGGUGACGAUUCUUUCAACACCUUUUUCAGUGAGACAGGAGCUGGCAAGCAUGUCCCAAGGGCAGUGUUUGUGGAUCUGGAGCCCACUGUGAUCGAUGAGGUUCGCACUGGCACUUACCGCCAGCUCUUCCAUCCUGAGCAGCUGAUCACUGGAAAAGAGGAUGCAGCCAACAACUAUGCUCGUGGGCAUUACACCAUCGGCAAGGAGAUCAUCGACCUGGUGCUUGACAGAAUCCGUAAACUGGCUGACCAGUGCACUGGUCUCCAGGGCUUCCUGGUCUUCCACAGCUUUGGAGGUGGAACUGGAUCUGGUUUCACCUCCUUGCUGAUGGAGCGUCUCUCCGUUGACUAUGGCAAGAAGUCUAAGCUGGAGUUCUCCAUCUACCCAGCUCCACAGGUGUCCACCGCAGUGGUGGAACCCUAUAACUCGAUCCUUACCACUCACACCACUCUUGAGCACUCUGACUGUGCUUUCAUGGUCGAUAACGAGGCCAUCUAUGACAUCUGCCGUAGAAACCUUGAUAUUGAACGUCCUACCUACACCAACCUUAACAGGUUAAUCAGCCAGAUCGUUUCCUCCAUCACCGCCUCCCUCCGAUUUGAUGGCGCCCUGAAUGUUGAUCUGACUGAGUUCCAGACCAACUUGGUGCCCUACCCUCGCAUCCACUUCCCUCUGGCCACCUAUGCCCCAGUGAUCUCGGCUGAGAAAGCUUACCACGAGCAGCUUUCAGUGGCUGAGAUCACUAAUGCUUGCUUUGAGCCAGCCAAUCAGAUGGUUAAAUGUGACCCACGUCAUGGCAAGUACAUGGCCUGCUGCUUGCUGUACCGUGGUGACGUUGUACCUAAAGAUGUCAAUGCUGCCAUUGCCACCAUUAAAACAAAGCGUACCAUCCAGUUUGUGGACUGGUGCCCAACUGGUUUUAAAGUUGGUAUUAACUACCAGCCACCCACUGUGGUGCCCGGUGGAGACCUUGCCAAGGUCCAGAGAGCUGUGUGCAUGCUGAGCAACACCACAGCUAUUGCAGAGGCUUGGGCCAGGCUCGACCACAAGUUCGACCUGAUGUAUGCCAAGCGUGCCUUUGUGCACUGGUAUGUAGGAGAGGGUAUGGAGGAGGGAGAGUUCUCUGAGGCCCGAGAGGACAUGGCUGCCCUGGAGAAGGAUUAUGAGGAAGUUGGUGUCGACUCCAUUGAGGGAGAAGGAGAGGAGGAAGGAGAGGAGUAUUGAGCUUCCUUCUAUUAAGUAUCAAGUUGCAUAAAGAAAAAAUGGCUCUCUCACAAGCAUAGAAUUCAAAGUUGAAGUUUGUUAGAUUGUUCGUGUAGGUUUAGUUUCCUUGUUGAAGUCUGGCAAUGUCUUGAAUAAACAUGGCGCCAUACUUAAUGGUACGUUCCUGCACUCUUAAGAACCACAUUCCAUUUUCUGUCUGUGAUGCGCAAUAAAUUAUUGAAUCAG